AACCCCCUGUAACAUGUCGUAAAGCCGACGUGUGUCUGAUGUUGGCAAGUAAACGGUUGUUCCCUUUAGAAAUUGAAACUAGGGUAUAUUUGUCGUUAUAAACUAUGAUAAGAAUACAGCUGGCUGUGUCUCCACUCGAACCGGUACAGUUGAACAACAGGGUAGACAUUGUGUCGGCUUUGAGGAGCCAGAUGAUGAGCUGAUCUGCAUCAAAACAACCUCGAAAAUGGCAACUUACAACGCUGAAGGACAUUCUGUGUUGGUGGAGAUGAGUCCAGACAUCCACAUCUGUGGCUUCUGCAAGCAGCAGUAUAAUAAUUAUGAGGUCUUCAUCGCCCAUAAGCAAAACGGAUGCUCCUUGCCAACCCCUGACACCUUAGCCCCCACUGCAACCACCACACUCACAGAUUCCAGCGCCGAGUUUGUUUUUGAGGAAACCUACCAGACUUGCGUCAUGAGAGGUGUUAAAAAGAUCCUGACCAAAGCCCCGAUAACACCCUCGAAAAAAGUAAAACCAUCCCUGACUUCAAAGAGGCACAGCUGCUGUUUCUCAGGUUGCACCUUUGAGACGCAGUACGGCCAAAAAGACAUGGAGCGCCAUCUCAAAACCCACACCGGCGAGAAGCCGUUUGAGUGCGAGCUGUGCCACAAGCGCUUCAGCCGGCGGGACAAGCUCAACAUGCACAGCCGCUCGCACACGGGCGAGAAGCCGCACAAGUGUAAGCACUGCCCCUACGCGGCGGCAGACAGCAGCAGUUUGAAGAAGCACCUGCGCAUCCACUACGACGAACGGCCUUUCAAGUGCCAGAUCUGCCCUUACGCCAGCCGCAACUCCAGCCAGCUCACCGUGCACCUCCGCUCGCACACUGGGGAUGCGCCUUUCCAGUGCCAACAGUGCGACGCGAAGUUCAAAAUCAACUCUGACCUGAAGAGGCACGUGCGGAUUCACUCGGGCGAGAAACCCUACAAGUGUAACUUUUGCGAGUACCGCUGCGCCAUGAAAGGCAACCUGAAGUCCCACGUUCAGAUAAAGCACGGCGCCGAGAACUCCUUCCGCUGCGCGCACUGCGACUUCCAGUGCGCCAGCAGGGCCGCGCUGCGGCUGCACUCGCGGGAGCACGAGCCCGUUCAGCCCAUCCAGUGUUCCAAGUGCACCUACUCCUGCGCCAGCAAAGGGGCGCUGCGCGUCCACGAGAGGAUCCACUCCGACGACCGCCCCUUCAAAUGCGACUCGUGCGACUUCGCCUCGAAGCAGCGCAGCAACCUCGUCAUCCACAAGAGGAAGUGCCACUCGGACAACCCGGAGCGGGGCGGGGCCGCGAAGGGCGGCAGGGCCGGGGGAGGGGACUCCCCGAAGCCCGCGGGCUCAAGGUAUCGGGCCAAACUGGAGGCCGCGCGAGCGUUCUGCUGCGACUCGUGCGACGCCUCCUUCGUGCGGGAGGACUCCCUGCGGAGCCACAAGAAGCAGCAUCGAGACCCUCGGAACGUGGUGCAGCUCCGCCUCUCCGGCCCGGCGGACAUCAACUUGCUUGCGGUCCCGCCCGAGGUCCACGUCCCGUCCGACUCGAUGGCUCCCUACGGCAGCGCGCAGCUCCAAAUCAUCGUGUCUCACCCCUCGAAUCCAGCCGGCGUCGACGGUGCGCACAAGAGCAGCGUGGUCCUGCUCAGCCCGCAGAGCCAGGACAUGGUUGUCAGCUCCAUGAUCCAGCAGGUGAACCUGCUCGGGUCGCCCCAGACCGCGGAGGCCGCCCUGGAGACCCGGACGGUCCUGCUGACGCAGGUGGGCCCCGGCGACGCCGCCGGCAACCCGCUGCACCAGGCCCUGCUGCAGACCGCCAUGGCCGGCGAGGAUCCCCCCCCCGGCGGCGGCGGCACGCAGACCUUCAUCACGACGUGCUCGGAGCUGGAGGGCCUCAACGCGCUGAUCCAGCAGGGGGGCACAGAGGUCACGGUGGUGACGGAGGGGAACGCGGGCGCGGCGGGCGCCGCUCCGGGCGAACCGUCGGGGGACGCGUCCCAGCUGGCGGGGGCCUUGCCGGGCGGGGGGGGAGCGUUGCUGGGGCCGAGCGUCAGCCUCUGCGGGCAGAACGUGGUCGUCCACGGCGUCCCGCUGCUGGUGUCCACUCGGCCGGAGCAGACUUUAGAGCAGCUCUCCCCUCACGCACUGUACUCGGGGGCACACGCCCUGGAAGACGUCCCACAGUGAGCGGUAAAGGGCUCGCUGGGCUUUUCCCGAAAAUUGAAAGACUGUCACCGCAUCAUAAGCUAUUUCUUUGCCAGUAUGAAGUCUAAAGGUCACGUGUUUGCGGACCUUUUUAGGCUGUUGACAAAAACAGUUUCUAGCAAUUUAAUUUAAUUUUCCGCUGAACUGACCAUGGUGUUCACUUUGGAGUAUUAAUGGUUCUCAUCUUAGAAUAAUGCUGUGAUCAUUAGGACGUCAUUUCGCAUGCGGUAUAUGCAAGGGUUAUUUUUGGAGGCAUCAAAAUAAAAAUGCGAAUUAAGACAAGUAAGAUGCAUUAAAUUAAAGUUUUAUUUUCCUGCAAGAGCUUUAGAAAAAAAAAUGGCCAAAUGAAUAAUAAAGCCUGAAGUGGACACAAAUUGAACGUCUUUGUGCCAUGGGUUUCCUCAUAUUUUCCAAUAGGUGGCAGCAGAGUGAUACAAGUGGCGGCUGAAGUUCAUUCAAAACAUUGCAGCAUUGAAAUCAGUAAUACAACAUCCUACAUAGGGCCUAUGUAUAGAUUUCUUUUUACUUUUUCUUUAUUUUUUCUUCUUUAAAUGAAGCAGAUUCCAGGAUGUAGAUGGGGUUUUUUUUCUGUAGAAAGCAUUGCACAAGCUUCUAAAAGCCAAGUUGCUCUCCCAAUAGAUUUUUCAAUAAAGUGUUCAGUCCUGCUCGCCGCCCUCUGUUAUUGUGGCCGUUUAUACUCUCAG